UCCACCUCUCCUCAUUCUCAAUCCGAUUUUUUUUUUCCUAUUGGAAAGAGUCAGCUUGUCUUUCCUAAAAAUAACAAAAGAAUGAAGCUGAGCGACUCAGGCGGCCAAGGAGAGAGGCAGCGACAACCAUUUGACCGUGAACUCAGAAACAUGAUAUCUGCUUUAACUCAGAUGGGGGCAGACAAGCCCGGCUCCAGCCACUUGGAGGAUGAGGACGAACAUGGCGUGAGAGUGAUCACACUCUCUGGCUCCAACAUCGGAGCCACCAUGAAGACGGAGCUCGAUGGGGAUGCAUUAGGGGACAGCGACAGCGAUGGCAAUCUUGAUUUCCUGAGCACGUUCGUGAACAGCAACUUUCAAGCAGUGAACAACUCAAUUAUGAUGGGAGGCAAGUACGAGACCCACGAUCCCGGCGUUCAUCUUGACAUCUCUGGCGAUACAGAGAAGCCUUUCUUGCCCAAGGAAUCAAGGGCCAAGAAGGGAAAAGUUGCCUCCAGAAACAACCGCCGUGAUUCUGAACACACCGAUUGAUGUCUCUGCCCACAAAUGCAUCGUCCCAUGUUUUUAUCUCUCUGUUUUCCCUUUUGUCUUGUCGUGUCUGUCUAAAUAAGCGGAUAACUAAUGCAUAUCAAGCACUUUCUCUUCAGGAAGACCUUUACGCGCGCGUGCUACAUGUAUUCCUUAAGUCUAAUUUUAAAGUUUCGAGAUUUAUCCCAGAUUACACACACACUAGGACAUGGUUUUAUCGUAAAAAAAUGCUAUUCAUCUGGUCGUAUGUAUGGCCUCAAGGGCAAAGUCAAUCUCCCAUAACUAUUAUACUAUGUAUC